AUGGUAACCACGCGUUCUGCUGACAAGCGGGUCGAUGCAGUCCGAGACGAAGAUCUUGUAUUGAGAUCGAGGACGAUAGGCAGCCCAGAAUCAACACCAACUCAGUCCAAGAAGAGGAUCGCCACUGGGCGCACGUUAGCGGCACCGAGUGCUAAGCGAACGAGAACGACCACUGAUGCAGUGCUCGAUAUCGCAGAUGAUUCGCACAAACAUACAGAAGACGAACACAAUGUAGAGGCAAACAACGCCACGAAGUCCCCUCGAGAGGAAAUAGACGAGGCAGCGUCAACCAUGACUGUAUCAACUAACAAUGGAGCCACGCCCCGGCCAAAGGUUCCAGUUGUAAUCGUACCUCCUCCACCAGGUUCUCGGCAGGCUUCCGUCCAAAUCCCAGACUCAACACCAAACCAGGAGGAGCACUUUCAAACACCAGCUACUUCCCGACAUAGACGCUUCGACAGCGAGGAGAUCAACGAGGAAAUCAUGGUUGUCAGUCAUGGUACGGAUGAUUACGAGACGGCGGAGGAGGUCAUAGAGGACAGCGAUGAGGCACCGGAGAUUGAAGUCACGAAGACAUCGUCGGCAAGCACGAAACGAAGGAAGCCACUUAUGCCGAAGUUGGUACAUCGUCCGUCAGUGACUGCAGUGGUCAACAGUGUAGUCGACGACGAACCUGCUGAGAACGACACCCAAGACGCUGCGCCACUGAUGCCCGAUACCAUUGUCGAGCAAGGCGAGGACGUUCCAGCAUCAGCACUACUACAGCCUGGACACGUUGACAUGAGACAGCCACCAAAUGAGCUACCGGAGCCAUCUCAACCAGUGCAACCAUCGCCUGCUGAAGACUUAGACCCUUCUACGGAAACGGAUGUGCAAAACGUCCCAGAUCCUACCACCACCAACAUCGACACGAUUACCUCAGAUACACAAGAGCCAGCAAUCAAUCCUAGCACGAACAUCCUGUCUGUCGACUUUCCCACGCUAUCAACCAACGAACUACAAGCCGAAAUCACACCAUCACCACCCACAUCCCCUCAUCCUGAAAACUUCCCGUUUCAGCAGGAUUUCGUAUUCGUCACGGCCACCGCGAACCUCAAACACAACACGUUCACCAACGUCUCGACCUGUCCUGGGUCCGAACGCUAG